AUGUCUUCUGAUGAACUCGACCGCAGUGUCUUCGAAGGAAUGAUUGCUGGAAGACCUUACUUGGCUAGCGAUCCAUAUAUACAAAGAAUAGCAGGGGAGCAGGGUAGAAAGGUUAGGGAGCUCAACGCCGAGCAAGAUGACGAAAAGAGAGAGGUACUACUCAGGCAAUUGUUGAAAUGCAAGGAGGAUGCUCAGGUAGCGAUUGUCAUGCCGUUCUUUUGCGAAUACGGAUUCAACGUUAUCAUCGAGGGCGAUGUUUUUAUUGGGACAGGGUGUACGAUGUUAGAUGUUUGCCCAAUAACUAUUGGCGAACGUACACUCAUUGGCCCAAAUGUGCAGAUAUAUACCCCGGUCCACCCUCUCAAGCCAGAGGAGCGCAAUGGCUUGAAGGGAGCUGAAUGGGCAAAGCCAAUCAAAAUUGGAAAGGAUUGCUGGAUAGGGGGUGCAGCGAUUAUCUGCCCUGGCGUAACGAUUGGUGAUGGGUCUACUGUCGGCGCUGGGAGCGUUGUAACGAAGGACGUUGAGCCCAGGUGUCUUGUGGCUGGGAACCCAGCGAGGUUGAUCAAACGAAUCGAUUAG